GCUGCCCGUAAGCGCCGAGGAGCUGCUGGGGAGUCUGACCCGGAAGCGGAAGUGCUCUGCUAGUGGCAGGAAGUCGGUGUGGCCGGGGCCGGGCGGAACCGGAAGCGGAAGUGUCUGGCGAUGGCGGCGGCCGCGGGUCUGGGGGCGCUGCCCGACUCCCUCCUGCUGGAGAUUCUGCGGCUGCUGCCGCUGCACGAGCGGCUGCGCGGGGGCCAGGGUCUGCAGACGCUGGCACAGGCUGGUACAGGACAAGAUGCUCUGGAGAUUUGUGGAUUUAAGGCCCUACAAGGUAUAGGUUAUGCAAGAAGCUUUCAGAUCAAACAACAAACCUGGAAGGCACUGAACCCGUGUGGUGAAAUCUACUGUGCAUCUUGGCAACAACUGCCCUCUUUGCCCUGGGCUGACAUUGUGUCUUUGUGGUCAUACAAAAGUAAGACCAGUGCAAAAUUCAGGGAAAUAAACAGUAGUGAGAGCCCCAGCCUUGCAUUGGGAAUGGUUUCAGGCCUGUUUGUUUAAUACCUAAUGUGACCCCUUGGUGCCAACUGGCAGAGGGCACAGAGGGGGUGCAUAGGGUUUCAAGGAUUCCCUGGGUCAGACAUAUGCAUAGUAAUUCACCAAAGGGUGGCAUGUGAGGUCUCCCCUGAAAGCUCACUGGUCAUAAUCAUGGUGAAAUGUAUGUAAACAUAUUAUAUACAAAGUUCAGUAUUUAUACUGAAAUGUGUGUUCUUCAGGUAUGUAAGUUAAGACAAUAAACAAGUUCUGGUCAGGCAGGGGAUAGUAGACAUUUAUCUCCCUAAGUGGUCGUUGAAUAUUGCAUAUCUUACAAUACAAGUCUGUUUGCAUACGGAGCUACCAGCUAAUUAAGAUUUCAAAGUCUACAGGAAAUCUCAAAAUCUACAAGAGGGAACACAGCGAAGUGUGUCGUGUUCAUGACUAAAAUCAAAGAAUUAGUCUGGUCUAUCAGGAGAAUGCAAGGAAACACAAGGUAUUAGUCACAGAGUAGGCAAGCUGAGUGUGUGGCUUGUUGAAUUGAAAAGGGAUUACAGCCACUGGCUGAAAAAUGCUGGUGAGAAACACUAGCAGACAUGAUAGUAACGAGCUGAGCAAGUCAUCUAGGUUCUAGAAUGCGUGUUAUAAUUUUAUUUUACUUGUCACCAUUUGUUUCUAAUACCUCUGCUUGUGAUCAUUGACAUCGCUGCUCUUUAUUUCAUAAACUUUUACCUGUUGUCACUAUUAACAUACCUCUGUGCUGAAUGUUAAGCCGAGUGUGAUCUGAAGGGAAAUGGGUAAGCUGGUGUUGGUAGUAUCGGAUCUGUGAAUUCUGCAGGUGUCCAGUGGACCAGGGGCUGGUCGCUCCAGAGUGACACACAGGGGUUAGAGUGUCUCUGUCACUAAACGAAAGAGCAAGGCCUGCGUAGGCCUGGAGGGGAGUGCCUCCGUUGCCCAUGGCCGGGGAUGGGGGGUUGUGGAGCUCACUCUGAGCUGGCACAGACAAGGCUUCCUCGUGCUAAGCAGAGGUGGUAGCGAGGGGCCUCACAACCCGGGCACCCAGGGAAGUGUCACACCUACUGAUACGUGUUUAUUGCAAACACAAAGGUUUAAGAUAGAGUAAAGGCUGCAAGGAACCAUGUUACCUUCCGUAGCAUCUGCCACUGGGGCAUCUGGUCCCUUUUUAGCUGUAGACAUGAAAACAAAUUGGCAAAAAUGAAAAUCAAAAGCACAGCAAAAUCAGUCAGUCCAGCUCUUACCACAGUUCGAUGGGGCCAGGCUGGGACUCUGGAAUCUGUAAGUGCGGUAACUGGGGCGCUGCCACACCCCCAGCUUGAAGUGGUUUCCAUUAUAUACAGGGUUUACAGUUUGGUUCAACGUCUCUCAGUACCCCCCGCUAGAAACAUUGUUCCAGCCCCCCUGCUGGAAUCAAAAUGUUCUCUACAGUUGUUAGCACUGGGAUGUUUGCAGUCCGCCAGCACUGUGUGCUGAACAGUGUAAUUUAAUAUUUGUAAGUCCCAACUUGCCAGUUUCUGAACUGAGAUUUUUUUAUCCCAGGGCACCUGCGGAACAUGCACGUACUAAGCAUGGAAUGGCAAGGGAACAGCAAUUCUACCUUUCAUGUACUAACUAUCAGACUGUUCAGCUGCAUUAACGUAUGGCGUCUGGGUAUCACAGGAGUCCUAGGGCUGUGAUGGCAACUUGCUGAGACUGUAGAUAUCACUCUUUAGUCUAUGUGAGCAUCAUGUGACUUUGGGCAAGUCAGUUCUCCUUCUCUCUGCCUCUGUUUCCCCUCCCACCCAUUGUGUGCCUUGUCUGUUUAGAACGAAAGCUAUGAGGGCAAGUUACUGUGCAUGUCUGUAUGUCACCUGGCAUAGAAAGGUUCCUAUUUCAGACUGGAUCUUUGAGUGCUUUCAUAGUACAAAUAAUGGCUAAUAUAAACAGCACAAAUAUAGCCAUAUGUUAAUGAGCAUUACAUCAAUAAUUGCAUUUGGACAGCAACAUUAAAUGAAUAUAAAACAUUCACCAGAUGAAUUGUGACUUAGCUGGAAGCAGUUAAAUUUUACAGUGAGAUACAGCACAGAAAAAAAUGGAAGAAUUCAAACAAACCUCCCAAGAUUUCUCAAGGGGCGAGAUUAUUAAAGGCACAAGUGAUGGGUAGACAAAUAGCUCCUCCUAUUGCAGGGGUUCUCAAACUGGGGGUUGGGACCCCUCAGGGGGUCACAAGGUUAUUACAUGGGGGGUUCGCGAGCUGUCAGCCUCCACCCCAAACCCUGCUUUGCCUCCAGCAUUUAUAAAGGUGUUUAAAUAUAUUAAAAAGUGUUUUUAAUUUAUUGGGGGAGUCACACUCCGAGGCUUGCCAUGUGAAAGGGGUCACCAGUACAGAAGUUUGAGAACCACUGUCCUAUUGCCUGUGCAAGGCAUUUAGGCACCUAACUGCAAUUUGUGCCUUAGUUCUAUCAGUAAAGAUUUAUUUAAAAAUUAUUCCGGAAAGAUGACCUGAGGCCCAUGUGUGUUUGGACUGGACACCGAGGUGGAAAAUAAACCCAACGUCUUUGCAACAAGAUGUCUUGGAGUUAGGAGACAAGUGACAGUUGAGACCUCACAGUGAAAAACUUGUUUUUCCAAGUUCCAUCAUUCAAAAACAUUGCGUGACCUCAAACAUUACAAAUUACCAUGAGACUCUUACUAAGCAUGUGAGAUUCUGGGCUCAAAUGAAGCUUUUUUGAGAGUUGGAAAAGGGGUUGAAAGAGCACUUAGGACUUGAUUCUCCUUUAUCCUGCCCCUUUGUGCAGGCUUUUAUACCAGUGCAAAGGGAGUGCAAAACACUACCGUUCUGAUCUGAUUGCAUGUUGCACCAAAUUAAAUGACUGCACAAGGGGCAAGGGAAUUGGGUACCUAGAACUGAAAACACUUUAAUUACAAAGUAAGGACUAUAGCUCCAUAAUACAUAUAUUUGUAGGACAAUGAUCAGCCUGGGAUCCAUUUUAUCUUCUUGUGUAAGCAUGUCCACUGGGACACCGCCGGUUCUGUGUGGAACCACUCUGUGAGUGCUUAGCAACUGCUUUCCAAAGUCAAGAGGGCUGUGAUUUUCUUCCAGAAAGAAGGUUCUGAGCUGUUGCUUUCCAAACCCUGCUUUUGUGACCAAGCUGGGUUUUUUCUUACCUGCAUGAGGGGAGCAGCUUCAGGAACCAGGCAUCUUGUAUUUUUGCUCUUGCACAACUUAAAAUUGACCAAGAGAGUUUUGAAUAGAAAGAAUGAGCUGGUUGGCCAGCCGAGACCUUUUAAUCUGUUUGAGCAGAGGAGUUAUCAGGACCACGUUUGAAAUGGAAGCAGUCCAAACGGCCAGGGUUAGAGGGCAAGUUGCCUGGGACAUGGUGUGAGCACUGCAGGUUAUACAUUAACCUCUGGAUUUAACAUUCCUGGUGGAAUUGUGAAUUCU